CUAUGAUCAAAUUCCAAUUUCGAUAUAUUAAUCUUUAAGAAAAAUUUUCAUUUGAUAUCUCAAUUAACAAAGGUGCAUUAGAGAGAAUUUUCAAAGACAAUUCUUACUUUUUUAUUUAAAUCUCACUUUCUUUAGUUUCUAUUAAUUGUAUCAUUUUAUUUUGUAUUCUUUUAAUAUGUAGAUUUAUCAUAAAAUUAAUGCAAGGCAUCUUAGGAUCAAAGAUGUGAUCAAUAGUGUAUUUCAUCCGAUUUUGUCUGGUUUGGUCCAAUCCAAAAGUUCGUUCAGUUAAUUUUCUUCAGUAUUUAUAAAAUUUAUAAGACUGAGGAUCGUAUCACAAUAUAUUCGAUUCGGUGUGAUCCGGUCCAAGAGUCGGUUUGGUCCAAUGUGAUCCUAUAUGGACCAACCCGUGACACAUUCCGACUGAUUAGGGUUGGGUUAAUUAUCUAAGGAAACCGUGGGCAUGGGAAACCCGUUGCUACCAUCUUUUUUAUAUAGUCUAAUUACCAUUUUUUUCUUUUUUCUAAUUAUGAAUAAUGAUUGAAUGUCAAGAGAAAAUUUAAUAUUUGAUAAUGUAAAUACAAAAUUAAACAGCAAAUGCAAAUUUCACCAGGUCGUUCAUCAUCUGCAGCGUAGCGCGGGUGUUUUUCUAGUCAUUCUUUAAAAUUAAGGAGUUUGCUAUCAUGAUUUGCUGUGAAACUUAUGUAGAGCUUUAUCAAGCAUGUUAGAUGAUAACUCGAUGGAGACAUUGAUGAUACCAGAAGGAGAAAUUAUAAACAUAAUAAUGGUGAUUACUAAAAAGCAUGAAGAUAAAUAAACAAUCAAUGAGUUAGUAAAACUUAAUAAAUAAAAUCUUAUCCAUAUGGUAAUCGUGAAACCUAACUGAUGCAUCAACGCACUAUAUUACAUUAACGACUCACUAGUUCUAAGAGUCAGAGAUACCUAACCCUAAAAUUUAGUGAAAUUUAUGCAAAACCAGCCAAUCAAAGUUAAAAGUGUUGACUAUAUGAGCCAAUACCAACCAUGCAUUCCCUAAGACCGAAAGCUGACAGAAAGAAGCAAGCAUCUGACUUGAUUGAUCCAACUCAUGUCCUAACCCGGUUUCACCUUACCUACUCAUCUAAUCGUUAGUAACAUGUUAUAUACUUUUCUAGUAUGAUUUUGAACAUAAUUUUAGAAUGAAUUUGGAUUAAGGUUUACUGUUUAGGGUUUAGGUUUCAAGCUUUAAGGAUUAGAGUAGAUUUUAGGGUUUUGAGUAUCGUGGUUUGGGGUUUAGUCUAGAGUUUAGGUGAUGCGUUGCGGUAUCGAGAUUUAUAUUUACAAACUCGAUCAUCGACGGUAAUAACUACCCCAAUCUAGGACAAGCGCACCCUAGCUAGAUCGACAAAGUAGUAUAGUGGUGACCGAGGUCGUAUUCCUAGGGUCCUCAAGAUCUAUUACUACUCUAGACCUCGACCUAUUAUCUAGUCAAACAGGAUGGUUGAUGGUUUAAGUGUAAACAAUUCUAAAUUACUAAGAAAGAAAAAAACUAAAAUAGAGGGAGAUCACUACAUAGAGAUAGUGUCGGCUAGACUUGGAAUUACUUUUGAUGCUUGCUGAGGGUUUAUUUUGUCAGUGAGCCAGCUAAUUGAAUCUUCCAAAAUGAAGUAUUAGAUAUAAGUAACUAUGGUGAGUGUGGUGCGAAGAUCACCAAUGUGGGGAUCGGUGCAAUGGUCAUGCCUCCUAAUCCACCCUAUAGCUACAUCCAUCGACCCAAUGUCACCAUAGCCGAUUUCUGUGGCAGGUUUGGAUGGAGGGAGGGGGAGGGUAAAAGUAGGGGUAAGUAGCAUAUAUAGAAUAAUCAGGUGUGAACUCCUUUUUGUUUCCAAAAUUACUCUGAAACAAUAUUAACCAUAAUAUUAAAAAAGGAGGAAAAAUGAACGACAUAUACUAAUGUAGUGAUGGUGGCUACUAGUAUUCUAAUUGCCACCCUAAUCCAUUCCCAUAGAACUCGCCAAAGUUCUUUCAUUUUAACUCACCUCUCUCAUAUUCUAGUGUCCAAAGUCGAAACAAACCGAUAAUUCGAUGGAAUUAAUAACAAGAAUGCAACCUCUUGGUUUAAACAAUGACUAGGUUGCGAUACCGGCCUUGUCGCGGGGUAGUGAUGGCAUAUGGACAUGUAUUAUGUGGCCCGUUAUGGUGGUUUAUUAGUAUUAUUAGGCUAAAAUUUAUUUUUUGUUAGUAUUAUUAUGCUAAAAUUAAUUUUUUGUUAGCAGUUUUGUCAAUAAUGUUGAUGUGACAAUAUGAUAUUGACUGAAAAGAAAUAUAUGGUGGUCAACAUCCAAUUUAAUUUUUUUUUUGAAAAUUUUGGCUAGUAAAUGAUAUUUACUAAAACCCAAGUAGAUCCAUUGAUUAUGGGUAGGGCAUGAGUAAAGUAUAUAUGGGUUUGAAAGUUUGUAGAUGGGUUUGGGUAGGUAUGAAUAUUUACAUCCAUAAUCUCAAUGUGUUGAGUUGGGUAUGGAUACCCAUUCAUUCGAGGGUGUUUUAACUAAACAUACAAAAAUUAGACCUAAGAACUUCAAAAGUUUAUGUACCAAAAUGUAAUACACAAAAAUUUUAGGUACUAAAAUAUAAUGUUCCAUCAAUAUUUUGAGGACUUACAUGCCAAAAAAAUUAGGUUAUAAAUCUAAAGAUCUAUUAAGUUUAGGUAUCGAACUGUAAUUUUGAGGCUUAAUUCCUUUUAUGGUGAUGUAUUUAAGAUAAUAAUUAUUUACCUUUUUCUAGAAAAAUGAAAACUAUUUAUUUGAUAUGUAUAGAUACCUAGCCAACAUUCCAUGUAUACAUAAUUGUUGAAAAUUUUAGCCAGGGUGAAAAAGAAAAACUCUAGAGAGAAGCAAAAGGAAUACAAACAAGAACUCGCUUAAAAUUUCACACCCUCAAAUCGCAUAGUGGAAAAUGACGACUUUCUAAUAAGUAAUAACCAUAUAUAUUUAUUUUUUAAUUGGACUCGACAUUGAACUAGAAAAUUUAGUGGUUCAUGGUUCAAUUAUUAAUUCUCUAGACUGUUGGUGAGUCGUGUAUGGACUCGUUCAUACUUGUGAUUAAAAUACAUAAAAAUAGUAUUCUAAUUAGGGUUAGACGAAGAAGGCAAAGGAAGAAAUAAAGAAAGGGUUAUGGAAGGCGAGUGAAAAAUGAAACUAAAAGGAAGUAGAUAAUGGAAAUGUUUUGACCAAUUCUUUUAGUUGGCCGUCAAUACAAUAGUCAACCCUUUUCACGGUAGCGAUUUAUUGAUACUUGCUUAUAGAUGUCGCAUAUUUUGUUACAUGCAGUUAGUAGAAGUUUAUUUAGUACCCCAUAAAUGUACUAAAUGAGUUUAUAAAUUCGCUCUUGCAAUAUUUUAGAGUCGUCUCUCUUUUAUCAUUUAUUUUAUGUUCACGUAAUGAGCAAGUAUAAAAUAGUCGAAUCUUCUCCUACAGUUGAGUGAUACCUCUUGUAUUGUACAAACUAAAUAUGUUAUGGUGGAUUGAUUCAAAAGGACAACAUCUUGUAUUGUACAAACAAAAUAUGUUAUGGUGGAUUGAUUCAAAAGGAUUGGUAGAUUGGAUUCAAGUGUAAUCUAAACAUUGGAUCAAUAUGUAAAUUUAAAAACGUGUAGGUACGAAAAUCUCAUAUAAUUUAGAUACCAAAACAUAAUUGCUCAAUGAUUUUACAUUAAAAUUAAUUUUGGGGUAUCAAAAUGUAAAAUGUACAUUAUAGUGACUAAUUUGUGAUUUAUUAAAUUUGGGGUAUCAAAAUGCAAAUUGAACUUUACGUUUACAUAUAAUAUAAUUUAGAUACCAAAUUAUAAUUGUUCAAUGAUUUUGCAUUAACAUUAAUUUUGGGUAUCAAAAUGUAAAUUUAAAAAUGUGUAGGUACGAAAAUCUCAUAUAAUUUAGAUACCAAAACAUAAUUGUUCAAUGAUUUUACAUUAAAAUUAAUUUUGGGUAUCAAAAUGUAAAAUGUACAUUAUAGUGACUAAGUUGUGAUUUAAUUAAAUUUGGGUUAUCAAAAUGAAAAUUGAACUUUACGUUUACAAAUAAUUUAGAUACCAAAAUAUAAUUGUUCAAUGAUUUUACAUUAACAUUAAAUUUGGGGUAUCAAAAUGUAAAAUGUACAUUAUAGUGACUGAGUUGUGAUUUAAUUAAAUUUGGGUUAUCAAAAUGCAAAUUGAACUUUACGUUUACAAAUAAUUUAGAUACCAAAAUAUAAUUGUUCAAUGAUUUUACAUUAACAUUAAAUUUGGGGUAUCAAAAUGUAAAAUGUACAUUAUAGUGACUAAGUUGUGAUUUAAUAAAUUUGGAGUAUCAAAAUACAAAUUAUUAUGCAACAGUAACUGAUCUUUACGUUUAAAUAUUAAACAAUGAUUUUCUGUUGCAUUAUUAAGUGCUGAUGCAACAUAAAAUUAUGAAUAGGGACGUGGUUUAUGAAAUAAUUAUCCAAUAACAUUUCUUUUGAGGAUAAGGUUUUCAGUGUUCAGACAAAACAUACGACAGUUUUAGUCACCAAACAUUUGGUCCCAUUCGAUCUUUUUAUUGUUUAACAACAAUGCGCUUCUUUAGGUUGGGAUUAAAAAAUAAUAUUGUUAGUUGCAGAUUAAUAAAUAAGAUUGUUAGUCCCCACAAGUAGCAGAUUUUGAAUUUCCAUGGCCCAUAUUUUUGUUUAUGCCAUUGAAGUUAUUUCUUUGCUGGGCACGAAAUUUUAGCUCUUGGUAAAAAUGAUAACAUGCAUAAUCUAAAAUCCUCUCAUUCCAGGCCAAGAUACAAUAUCUGAAACAUCACCACUUUUCCUUCAUCACUCUCAAGUUCAAACCAAUUGUUUCAGGGCAAUCUUUUGACAGACUUCAACUAUGGUCAGUGGGUCAAUAAUCAGAGUGUGUUGACCAAUAUGGUGUUAAUAAUUAUAGGUACCAAGUUGUAAAUAGUCACUCGAAAAUUAGGGUUGUAUUAGCAACCUAUUUAUAUCGUUGUAAACUGUACUGGAAGAUUAACGAAAUAAGAAAAUCUAAAACCUGAGAGGGAGAUACUCUCCGUGUACUAGUGUCAUACUGAUGAUACCACGUUAAAAAUUUUAUUGUGUUCUUUACGAUUCUGCUUGAUUUAUUGACAUAGUAUCAGAACCUCAAGAUUGAAGCUCAUCAUCCGGUCUCCCGCAUUCUUGGGGGUGUUUUUGGUUACUCGAUCACAUCUGGCUGUUAGGGUUGAGUCGCAACCCUCUGGUGGUCUCUUCCUCUGGUUUUUCUCUUGUCGGUGUCUCUUCCUAGGCGAGCUGCUACUGUCUUUUCCCACGAAGCUGUUGUCUCUUCCUAGGCGAGUUGCUUCUGUUUUUUUUUUCGCGCGCAACUGCUGUUUCUCAAGCGCGUCCUAGGUCUUCUUUUGCGUGUUGUUGUUAUUGUCCGCAUCCCAUGAUUUUUCUUGUACGCGCUGCUGCUUUUCCUUCGGUCUUGCCGGCUGCCUUGGACCCUUUUUAUUUCGGCGCAUCCCUAGUUCAAUUUCCUGUGCGUCGCUAGCUGCUGUGGUCCUUUUUAUUUCGGCGCAUCUCAAGCUUUCCUCUAUGCAUCGCUGUUGUCCUGUUUUGGUGCAUCUCAGGUUUUCUUCUGUGCAUAGCUAUUGUUGGUCUUCUCAUUAUAUUUAUUCUCGCUGGAAUUAUGAAUUCGUCUAAGCUGGAAGCUGCUCCUAUUAAGUUCAACGGAAUCAACUUCUCUCUAUGGGAAUUUCAGUUCCGUACCAUUAUUGAAGGUAAAUGUUUACUUCCCAUUUUGAAUGGUAAAUGUGUUAAACCCUCCGCUGAUGCUCCUAACAAGGAUAGAGAUGAUUGGGCGGCUGCUAAUGCCCAAGUUACUCAUUGGCUCUUGGCUUUUGUGGAUGUUCCUACUGCAUUGGGUCUUCGUCAAUUAGAGACCACUCAUGAAAUGUGGGUGCAUAUUUGUUCUAUGAAUUCCCAGUACGAUGCUUCCCGUCAGUUUGAGCUGGAAACUCAGCUUGCUUCUCUAGCUCAGGGUGAUCUUGAUGUCCGUGGAUAUUAUAAGAAGGCUCUCCACAUCUGGACCGAACACGAUCUUCUCAUGGCUUCCAUCACUCCUACUGCCAUCUCAGCUAACAUGGUCAAGGAGCGCAAUCGCUCUCGACUCAUGCACUUUCUCAUGCGUCUGCGUCCGGAAUUUGAGGCUGUCCGGGCCUCUCUUCUUCAUCGCAACGUGGCUACCAUUGACGCCGUGUUUGGAGAGCUUGUUAGAGAAGAAACUCACAUGAAGAGUCAGACAACUCUCGACCAGUCCAGCCAUCAUUCUGAGACAGCAUUUGCUGUUGGCAGGCAUGGUUCCUCGCAUCCUUAGUUUCAGCAAGGUACCUCUGGGGAGAUUCACUGUCAUUAUUGUCAAAAACUAGGUCAUAUCCAGCCUUUGUGUCCUAAGCGCAAUUUUUGUAAUUAUUGCAAGACUAAGGGCCAUAUUAGUCUGGGAUCAUGGGAUGUUCUGUUAAACUGUUGAAUUUUUCUGUUAAGGGUACUAUUUGGGAUUUAUGGCAUUGUCGGUUGGGCCAUCCUCAUACUGCUUGGUUAUACAGUAUGUUUCGGAAUAAUUUAUUACCAGAUCGUAUGGAUUCAUCAUAUUCUAUGCAUCCUUCUACUUGUGUUAGCUGUAUUGAAGCCAAGGAUUCUCGGUCCUCUUUCUCUUCGAGUACUACGAUCUAUGAGUCUCCAUUUGAUUUAGUUCAUAAAGAUUUAUGGGGACC